GAUCAGAUCGGUUCAGCACCGUUUCAGACCUAAACUGGUCCGGAUCUAAGUGUAAUCCUGCUGUUUACCAUGGCUGUGGACGGGAAAACUGUGGCUCUGGCUAAACUGCUCCAUGAGGAAUGUAAACACUUACUGCACUUAUACACUGAGCGGCAGUCGCUGCCCUCGUUGCCAGUAUCUGGAGGGCAGUUGGUUUCCAUCCCUCCUUUAACACCUCAGCUCUCCUCUUCUGAGAGACUGUGCUUCCUGCACGCAGCGCUGCGGGCGUGUCUCUCCCUGCUGGAGGACGUCAUCGCCCGAGAAGACAGCGAAUUCUCCGACACACUGGAGGAUGAAUACGUGAACCAGCGCAGAACUGUGAAGGACCGACUGGGACACCUGGUACUGACCACCGAGCGGCAACUGCAGGAGGUCGUCAGGUGUCAGGCCACCGUCACUAAGGUGCCGGACCUGAUGGACGGUGGAGCGUUCGCUCUGAAGAAGUGGAUCCUCCAGGUUCUUCAGGAUCUGGUGCACUGGUCCGGCAAGACGGUCGAAACUCUGCAGUCUCCGUCGGCAAGGACGUCCAGAAAAGCACCAAUCAAGACGAGGGCGAGCAGAGGACGAGGGACAAACCAGCAGAGGAAGAGGCUACGCAAAUGAUCGCCUGCUAACCAAGUAUAUUCGAAGGUAGCACAGCGGUCUAUUACCUUGAGACCCAGGUUCAAAUUACAGCUGUGCUAUCGGCCGGCCGGGCGUCUACACAGACAUGGUUGGCUGCGACUGAGGGAGGAUGGUGGCUGAAGCUGUGCGAGGGAUUGACGCCCUGUAUAAGGCGUUCCUGCCUUGUGUCCAGUGUUUCCCAGACUGGCCACCACCCUGACCAGGAUCAAACGGUUGUUGAAAAUAGAAUCAAAGUGGAAAUGAUCACACUUUACAUCGCUGCUACUGCGAAAAGAAAGAGACCGGGCUAUAUAUUUUUAAUCCAUACGUUAGAUUUAUAUGUCCAGAGAUCUUAUUAACUUUAUUACAUAAAUUAUAACAUAUCAAUAUUUUUGUAGUUUAUUUUUUACACGUUACAGGAGGCCUGGCUGAAGAUAAGAAAGUUUAAAACAUAAAUCUCACAAUGUGUGGACACUGCAUUACAAAUCCCAGGGUAUCGUACGUAAUCGAACGUAAAGCCAAAAAUGUAUUUAGAAAGUAUGUGGACACCCUUCUGAAUUAUUAAGUUUAGGUGUUUCAGACACAAAAAUUCAACAACCCAUACUGCUAAAAAAGGAAGAAAGAACACUUAAUAAAUUAAAGAUUCAAGCUUAAAAUCUUUUUGUGGAAUUUGUUGAGAACAGAAUGACGUCCUGGAUUCAAAAUCACACCCAAAAUCAAAGUAAAAAAAUUGUAAUCACAGGCAUCCCGGACUUUUAAUCAAAUUAAGUGUUUUAUUAAGCUGGAAGGAAAAUAAAUCAAUUUCACAACAAUUAGAGCACUUGUGUAAAAUAAAAUGUUAUGUGGCCCUGUCCCUACUUUACUGGAAUGUGUUGCAGCUAUCACGUUUAGAAUGAGUGUGUAUCUCCAAAAACUAAUAAAGCUCAUUGGUUGAAACAUUAAA